AUGCGCUAUAGUAGGGAGACCGAGCUUAUUCUAAUUAACGACCUUAAAAACGCGGGCAUAAUUAAAAUCGGGCAUAACUUAUAUUACUACUUUAUAUAUACUAAUAUAACGGGCUAUUUAAAAGUACUAAGAGCUACUAAGCUACCGAAGUAUAUUAAAUAA